UCAGCUUGCGCUGAUAUCAUUCCCACAGUUAUCGCAUAUCCGUUCAUGGGAAGUCUUUCGGCUUGUGGUAGUGAAUAGAAUCGCUUUGUGUAGCAGCUGGUUAGUGAUACCACUAUCAAUAUUAUCAUUCUUAUCCAAACUAAACUCCAGUAAAUUAAACCAAUACAUUUUCCAUUCACAGUGUGAUCGUUGAUCAUUUUCUACAUCAAACAUAGCCUUAUUUUAUUUUGAGGCAUCGGAUCUUCACUGGAAGUUCCACCAUUUGUGUUGAAUUUCGCAAUUAAUAGCAGUGUGCUCAUAACAUACAUUUUGUAUACCCAUGUUACAGUAAUUCUUUUGCAUUUCUAAUGCAACUUCACUCAUAGCUUGAACUAUAUGGUACAUCUUUUAUUAUAGUUCUUUUUUAGCAGCUACUUGCAAUAGAAUAGUCUGCUGAGCCUGUCCAGGAGUUAGAGAGCCUUUCAAAAAUAGAGAAUGUCAGCCAACUCAGAAAAUAAUGAAGUUUGUACAGAAGAAUAUGCCAAAAUUAUAUUGUAUACAAUUUUGAAUAAAGUGCCACUUGUUAAGGACUGUGAACGUUACCGUGAACAACAAUUAAAAGCGAAAACCAUUAUAAACAUUCCAAACUGGCUUAAGGAUUGUGAGUACCCAUUCCUUUGGUGUUCACAAGAGAAGAGAGGACUAGGACCUGACUGUAUCAUAAAGUGGUGUAGACAAAAAAUUUUUGAAAUGACUUCAGAGGAAUUUGAUUUGACACUAACAUGGUUCGUAUGUUACUUAACUCUGGUAAUGGAGCAUUGUUUACUGGGUGAGAUGGAGGAGGCCUGGGCUUUCCUGAGGAAGGUUGAGACUACAAUCGAACUGGAAACCAAUAAGUCUGACUGUUUCUGUCAGAAAUACAAGGUGUCUGUAGAUCAUAUGAUGUAUGCUACCAAGGCACAUCUUCUUUCUGUUAGUGGACAGGAGGACAUGUCUCAACAGAUUAAACAAAUGAUAAUUCCUAUAUCGUCAAUGACCAACCAAAACCAAGCAGGUCUGAUUGGAACAAAAUCACACUUUUAUGGGAUCUCAGAAUAUGACAAUAUGAAAAUGAAAGAAGAAUUGAUAAGAAAAGCCUUGGAAUUAGAUCCUGACUAUGAAGAGUGGAUGUUUAUCUUGGCAAAAUUGUUACGAUCAAAACGUAGAUUGGAACAUUUUAAAGAUUUAAGUGAGAUACCUAAAGAAGAAUUGAGUCUACUGGAAAAAGUUGUUGCAAAGACCAACAAAUGUGAACAUCUGAUAUACUUGGCUCAGGCCUACAGAGAGAGUGAGAAGAUGAUUAGGUGGUUCUACAAACACAAAGAAGGUUUUUUAUCCAGUGAACUCUUCCAGUCUCUUAAAGACAUGGCAAAAGACGCAUUGAAAUAUUACAUGGAAGCCUAUAAGAUGAACCCCAAUUGUGCAAAGACACUGCGAAGAGUGGGAUAUGGCCUAAUGAAUUUACCAAUUGAUUUCGCAGAUUACAAAGUGGCUCAUGAAUGUCUGAUACGUUCAUUGGAAAUUUCAGAUCAUGGAAAAACCCUACACAUUUUAGGACAUUUUUAUGAACGAUUUUGUGAUAACUAUGAAAAAGCCCUCGACUGUUAUGAAAGGGCAGCCAAAAAGCCAAGCCAUCUAGGCCUUAUAGAGAUGAUCAGAAUGAAGUACAUUUUGGACCCUGAGUUUGACCCCUGUGGGGAUUUGGAGGAUGCUGUCAAGUGGGUGGUUAAGGGAAGUGACCUAACAGAAUUGUUUGCCCAGCUGGGAGGUUAUCAUUUACUAGUGAAGAGAGAUCUCAUUAAGAGCAUAGAGUACUUUAGCCAAAUUAUGGCUUUGGACAAGGACACUCCACACAUGACGGAAUUUAACAGCCUAUUUUUGAGAACACAUCAUGGCAUAAAUUUAUUUCAAUAUCUGAUGAAGGACUGUCUGCUUUACUUACAGCAGGAAAUAAUUGACUCAACUAGAGAGGAAGACAAGCAAAGAAUAUUGACAAACAAAAGUAUUGUAAAUGAUUUUUACAUAAGUAUUUAUGAGAAAAUUGACCCAACAUGGAUGAAUGAACCACUGGAUAGUAUUAUUACACUACAUAAAGAAUCACAAAAAAUCCUUGCUUAUGAUAAAAAAAGACACGGGUUUUAUGCUUCUAGAUUCAACCCAUCUUUAAGAGGUGAUUCUUUUAAAUACAAAACAAUGUCACAAAGUAGUAAUUCAGUCAAUUGGAGGAGUUCUUUGUCAAGUAUUAAUUCUCAGAGUUGGAGAAAUGCAUCAUCCAGCUAUAACUAUAAAAGUUGGAAUAACCCAACAUCAAAGAACUAUUCUGAAAAUUGGAGGAAUUCAACAUCUGGUAAUAACUCUGAAGGUCGGUGGAAUUCAACAUCCAGUAAUAAUUAUGGAGCCUGGAGAAACUCAUCAUCUGGUAAUAAUUCUGAAGGCUGGAGAAACUCAACAUCUGGUAAUAAUUCUGAAGGCUGGAGAAACUCAUCAUCUGGUAAUAAUUCUGAAGGGUGGAGAAACUCAUCAUCUGGUAAUAGUUAUGGAGUCUGGAGAAACUCAUCAUCUAGUAAUAAUUAAAAAUUAACAAAUUAAUAAGACAAAAGGCCUUGUUCCAGCAAGACUGGCCUAAAUCAAACAUUCCAAAAGAUUACUGUCACAUUAAUACUAAUUUGACCUUUAUUUCCCUGUGCUCCAUCUGGAUGAGUCUUGCUAGUUUGUCAUCAUUUUGAAUCACACCCUUCACAGACAGCUGAAAAUCAGAAGAAUACGCCAAACUUUUUAGGUUCUGGACAUUUUUUUUCAUAGAAACACAUGUUUUUCUUACACAUUUUGAUACUUCGUACUUCCAAUUCCGCAGGAGUUGGCCCAAACUGGGCUUCUGCAGGUCAAACUGCCCCAGGAAAGGGUCAGGGUGGGUAAGGUAAAAUGCCCUCACAAAAUUCAAAAAAUUCUUCUACGCUGUAGAAACAAUUUAAGACUAAAAAGUUCUUUAGCUCACGCUUGAAUUUUUUUAUAGAAUUUAAAUCUUUUACACUAGAAGGCAGAACUUGAAAAAUUUUGUUUCCAGAAUAAUAAGGGUUUUUUUCAAAAAUAGUAAGCCUAUGGUAUACAGCAAAAUUGUUUCUAUGCCUAGUGUUAUACGAGUGAACAUCAUUUUGGUAUUCAAGGUUUUGUGUUUUAAUAUACACUGCACACUCAUAGACAUACAAACAUGGUACUGUUAGGAUAUUUAAAUCAAUAAAAAGAUUUCUACAGUGAGUCAGAGGCGGUAAACCCAGCAUAGCUCUGACUGCUCUUUUUUGCAAGGUAAAAAUCUGUUUGAUAUUUGUUGUUUUGCCACCCCAGAGGAUGAUUGAAUAGGAUAUGUGUGACUCAAGCAGGCAGUGGUAUACGCUUUUGACUAGGUCUAAGUUAUUGAGUCCAGAGAGACACCUAAGAACAAAGGUGCCCUUGGAUAAUUUUCCAGCGACUUUUCCCAACUGCCUGCCCCAGUCCAUAACAUCGUCCAACACCACUCCUAGCAGCUCAGAUGACUCUGAGAUAUCCACUUCAGUGUCACCAAUGAACAAGGAUGGAGUCCAAAAGUUUUUUGAAAUUUUCAUUUGUUUGGUUUGGAUGCAAAUACAUUUUGUUUUAUCGGGGUUCAUUUUAAGACUGUUUUUUGAAAAAAAUUGGGCUAGUACAUUUGUUUUGUGAAAUAAUUCUAAUUCAAGAAUUUCACAAUCCCUACUUUUGGUCACAAGAGUGGUAUCAUCUGCAAACAUGUAAAGGUUUUCUUUUGGAAUUUGAUUUGUGAUGUCAUUUAUGUAGAUCAAAAAAAGAAGGAGACCUAUAAUUGACCCCUGUGGAACUCCAUUUAGGAUCAAUUCUGGCUUAGACUGAAAGAUUUUGAUUUUGGAUUUUGUUUUGUGCAUAAUUUCAACUACCUGAUACCUGUUUGACAGGUAUGAGGCAAGCCAAUCCAUAAUUUUGAACGCCCAGGGCCGAAAGUUUGCCAAUAAGAAUUUCAGCAUUGACACAAUCAAAGGCCUUCGAGAGAUCUGCAAAACAAGCCAUUACAGUCUCACCAGCCUCCAUUGCCCCAAUGACACAAUUCACAAAGUCAAUAAGAGCCAAUUUGGUUGAUUUUGAUUUUCGGAAACCAUACUGUCUCUCCACCAGAAGCUUAUUUUUCUCAAGGUAGUCAAUCAGCUGGUUACAGAUGGUUUUUUCAAUGAAUUUUGAGACCACUGGUAGGAGCGAUAUUUGACGAUAAUUACACACAUCCAUAACAUCCCCCUUCUUAAAAAGAGGCUUGACCUUGGCAAUCUUGCAGGCGUUUGGGAAGGUGCAGCUACUAAUUGAUGUGUUUACAAGAUCCACCAGUGGUCGAGUAAUUUCUUCCUGAUAGAAUUUGAGUGCCUUCAUACAGAGGCCAUCAUCUCCAGAGGAAGUCUUAGGACUGAAGUUGACAAAGAGUUGCUUUAUAGUUUUUUCAUCAAUUGUUUUAAAACUGUCAAGUGUGAGGUUGUUUUCUACUUGGGCAUGAACAUGUACAUCAUGAUUGACUUGUAGAUCACCUUUAAUUUCAUUUGCAAUGUUGAUAAAAAAUUUAUUAAAGUGCUCACAUAUUUGAAUUGGAUUGUAUAUUUGUUUAUUUUUAUUUAUGAUGCACAUGUUUUCAGAAUUUGUUUUGCUUUUUCCUCUUAUACCAUUUACUAUAUUCCAUGACUCUUUUGGUUUGUUAUCAGAUUCCUCAAUCCUUUUGUUGUACCACUUAGCUUUUUCAGUUUUAAGAUUGUCCCUGUAUCUUUUAAGAGCAGCAUUGUAUCUUAAUUUAUUUUCUUCAGACUUAACGUUUCUCCAUAGGCUGUAGCAAGCUGUCAUCUCAUUCUUCAAUCUUAAAACAUCAUUGCAUUGCCACUUAAUUUGUUGAGUUUCUCUUUCAUAGACUUCUUUUACUGGGCAUGAUAUAUUAUAGUGAUACAAAAAUGUCUCAAUGAAUGAUUCAUAUUUUUGGUUUACAUCUGUCUCUCUGUCAAAAUCAGUCCAACUUUCACCUUUGAGUCUAGCCUUUAAUUCCAUUAAAUUGUUUUGAUUUAGCUUUCUAAUAGUCUUUUUAAUUUUCUGACUUUUUUAUGGUUUAUAUCAAAUUUUAAAACAAUUCCAUGAUGAUCAGAUAUAAAAGGUUCAAUAACUGUACAGUUGCAGUUUUCUAGGCUGGUGAUAAAAUUAUCAAUGCAUGUAGCUGAGUGUUCAGUUUCUCUCGUGGCCUCAUUAAUUGUGGUGACUAAGUCAAAACUUCUAAUAAUAUUAUUGAAAUCGAUUGUGUUAUUGUUUGGCUCCAAGAGAUUAAUAUUAAAAUCACCUCCAAUAAUUACCUCAGUUUUCCCACCACCUAGAUGUAGGUAUCUCAAGUAACUUGUGACAUUUGCUUUAAAAAAGUCUAUAUCCCCAUCCGGGCUUCUAUACAGUGCACCUAUAAUAAAAAUUUUAUCAUCAAUUGACGCUUUAAUUUCACAACACUCAAAGUUUUUUCUUUCUGAUAUUUUGUUUCCAAUUUAAAGAAUUUUUAUGACUUUUGCACUGGUUUGAUUGUUUCUAAAAACAGCUGUACCUCCCAUUUUCAUGUCAUGUCUGCUAAAAUUAUUUAGAAGCUUGUAAUUUUGAAUUUUUAUAAUUUGAAUUUUGUCAUCAUCAAGUCCGUGUUCCGUUUUUGUUCAUUUAGAAAAAUUUCCAGCUGAGGUAUUUUGCUAUAUAGACCCCUGACAUUCAAGUGAAUUAUUUUAAAAGUUGAAUUUUUUAUUUUGGCAAAUUUAUUCCUCCUCCCACCUUUGUUUUUUCUCAUGGCAAUGUCAAUGUCAACUGAGACAUUUAGGUCUGGUUUGGCUUUGAGCACUCCUUCAGGUUUUUUGUACAAGCAGACUGCUGGACCAGUGGGUCGACACAUGCUAUAUAGCUUUCAAUGACACCACUGAGGACAUCUUUUCCCCUCCAAUUCAAGUCUAGGCCAUGCCUUGUAUAGCAUGACCUAUCCAUCAAGGAGUUGAUGCCCAAAAAGGCCCACUUGUACUUUGUACAUUUCUCUUUAAGUACCUCAUUUUGCUUUCUCAAUAGGUUGUUGUGUUGAGGUAAGUCGUACCGGUAUGGUGUUUCUACCCACACAACCCUUCCCUGCAUCCCCUCAGCCAAUGCAUCCAGCCUAGGGCCCAGCCUCUGAACACUCUCCUCAGUGACAAAAUUUGUCCCCCCGACCAUCACAAGAUAAUCCGAGGCCUCGGCCUUGCCAGUCACCGCCCCCGCUCUGUCAACCAUGGACAUGACAGGAUCACCAGGCUUCGUAUGAUCCUCAAUAAAACAAAUUUUUCCCACCUCCGACCUCCCCAGUCUGAGCCCACAACCCCUACCAUGACUGUCAGAUACAACCCUCAAAACUCACCCAGACCGAACCACCCCACCCCCAGACACAUGUCCCCCCCACCCACUCUCCCCUCUCACAUUCCCUUUUUUACCUCCCUUCCUCUUACCAGUAAGAGGGGGGAAGUCAUUUAGGCUCUCCAGAUUGUGCCUCUCUCCAAGAACCUCAAAUGAGUUUGAGGUAGCGAGUGGCCCACCUCCCACAUUCAUUCGGCACACCCCCCCACGCCCGCGCCCCCCCACAACCCGCCACUCCCCACGGUCUUCCCUUGAUUUUUCCGUUCUCAUGUCCAUGAUCAACCCUCUUAAGCUAGACAGUUCUUUCUCAUUUUUUUCAGCCUCCUCAGCCAAUUCCUGAUUUUUUUGUACAUAAAAUUUCAUUUUUAGCUGUUAAUUCCUUAACCUGCUCCUCGUACUUCCUAAGAAGUGUGUCAAUAUUUUUGCUAUUAAAACUAUGGUAAAACUCGAUACACAUGGGACAGGCCCACUGGUCUUUGGCUUUAAUGUUAACAAAUAGUGUUUUCUUAAGCUUACUACAUGACUUUUCAGCAUGAUACCAUCUACAACAUAUGUCACAUGCUAUUGAGCCAGACUUUUCAUCAUCAAUGGCCUCACCACACUUGCCGCACUUUUCAACAAUCAUAGCUAACUUAACAAGCUUCGUCACUACGCUUACCUAAAAGUGCAAUAGCCUAACUAAUUUCGACAAUCCAAUUUGAUGUAAACCUUCUUCUAUGUAAACCUUAGUGUAUAAUAGUAGAAUUGCAUCAAUUAAUUUUGCUGCUGAUAUAAAAGAAUGUAGUGGCAACACACAAAACAGAUUUCACGUAAAAUAAUAAUUCAUUUUAUUAUAUAUUUAAUUAUUAUAAACUGUCCACAAUAUGAUUUUACAUAGAUAUAUCUGCAAAACAUCUGCUUUAGCAAAUAUAUCCGUCCAUGAAGGGUUGAACCAUACUAGCACAGAUCCCUUUGCCAAACCAUUUGAAAAAGUACAUACAACAUAGUGAAGGUUAUUUUUAAUGUCUGUUUAUGAAAUAGUAAGUUUUCAUGACUACUGGAGUCUGGCUUCUUGUCCUCUUCAUUUGAAAUAUUAUUUACAGAAUAAAGUAUUUUUAUUUUCUAUUAUAGAAUAAGUUUGUGUAUUUUCAUUGUUUCAUUAAUUUUAAUUUAUAGCAUAUAUAAGGUAAAUAUAAAUAACAAAAAGUAAGGAAUUUUUAAGUAACAACGAGGGAACUCAUACUUACUUUAAUUUAACAAUAUUCACAAUAUUAGUUUAUAUUUGCUAUGUUUGGAAUCAUUUGAAUAGAUUUAACAAUAUUGUUCACAUGGAAUUUGUUCAGGUAUUUUUAGUAUUUUAUACAGUAAUGUUUUAAAUAUAAUAAUAAAGCACUUCUCUGUAUUUAAAUAAACUAAUUGAGAUAACAGAACUGAUUGGUUUCAUUUACGUAAAAGAGAAAAAAAUAUCUAAACUAGAGAUAAAUAUGUCACAUUUAUCUAUACCCCAAUUUUAGAGUGAGAAAGUCACUCUAAAAUAACUGUGUUCUAUAUGAAUGCUUUUACAGUAUUUAUUUUUAUUUUCUGUUAACUAGAUUUACUCCCCAUAUAGUGGUGUUGAGAGAGAUAAUUUUUCAUGACAAAUGUAGUUGAUAUGAAACAUGUAAGUACUUAGUAUUGUAAGAAAACAGAAAGUGCUGUUUGAGGCAUAUUUAACUGGAAGAAAAAUCACUUGCUCAUUCUGCAUACAAAUAAAACUUUGGUUGAAAGAAUUAUAUAAAUGAUUCAUUUAUGAAUGAUGAUAUUUUUUCAUUAAGAUUUGGUUUGGAUGACCUAAAAUGUAUUCUUUCUUCACAAAACAACAAGAAUUGUGAUGGCUUCUUAUAUACAUAACAAUAUUUAUAUGAGCUAAAGUUAUAAUCAUCUUCAUGAUACAGAUACUCUUUCAGUGAGGAGAAAGGUUUCUGGGUUAGCCAGUCGUCUAGCUUUCUCUUCAGCAUCUUCCCUCAGAGGUUUAUUAUAUUAGCUGGAAAAUAGUUUAACAAUUUUGGGCAAUGCAAAAUGCCUCUUUUCAUAUAGUGAAAGGUUGUGUGUAGGAGAGGUGUACUGGGAUCUAUGCUGUGUGCUGUAGCCAUGCAGGUUGUGGUGGCGGACCAAUUGUUUACUAUCACCAAACAGGACACCUCGGUGUACAGUAAUAUUAUUAUCAGUAAUACCUGUUUUUGUAAAGUUUUCCUGUAGCUAUCACUAGGACAAUGCUUCCAAGCGUUUGUAUAUUUUUUGUAUAAUCAAGAUUCUUUGUAUGGUACCUGCUGAAGUACUUAUUUCCGUUUGUUUUAGACUUGUUCACAACUACGACUCGUAGAUAAUUUUCAUCUGGUAAUAGUGUUGUGUUGUCUGCAUACAUUAAUGUUGAAAUGUUAAAUGUUUUAGUUUAUUUAUACAGUUGUGUCCCAAAGAAUCAAACACCUUGAUAAAUCAAGCAACGUGUUAGUCACAAGUUUUUCUUUUACAAGAUUGUAAAUUAUAUAUCCAGCUAGUUAUUAUAUUAGCUUUUCAUUUCCUCUUUAGGAUUCUGUGUUGUAUAUCUACCAGUAGGUCAUACUGUUGGCAGUGGUCUACAGUCUCCUGACCACUACUCUCACAGUUACCAUAGAUAGAUGAAUUUCAAAUAGACCUUGGCUAUUUUUAAUGAUGAUGGAAAGUCCACAAUUUGUAGGGACUUAUUAGUGAUACUGGUUAAUGAGGCUGUAAGUAAAUAACUGCAGUGUUUUAAAACACUGAGCUGAGAUGUCAUCAAUUCCUGUUGAUUUCUUGAGCUUUAGAACUUUUAUUAUGUCUCCAAUUUCCUCUGAAACAUAAGAAAAUUUAGAAGUGCAGGAUUUGUUGUCUAUUUUGUGAAAGUUUCGGUACUUUUAGGAUGACUCUUGUUUUAGAUGAGUGUUCUUUCUACAUUGCUGAUGACAAAUUAGUUUAAAUAUUCAGCAAUUUCCAGGGAGCCAUUAUUUCAUGCUUUCAGCAUCCAUUUAUUUCAAGUUUUAUCAAUGGUUAGGUAUUUAUUCUGUACAAAAGUGUGAUAGAGUAACAAUCAUACUUUUAAAAUGGCAAGAUGUUCUUCCUUAUCAGUUGGCAUGAAAUAUACAAGUAAUCAGUAUUAAAAAAAAAAAAAAAAAAAAAAAACUGCUGAUGGAUAAUUUUGAGUUUUUGCUGUUGUUGACAUGUAUUACAUGUAUGAAAGACGUCAGUAGUAGUACAUUAUUAAAAAUACAAUAUUUGUAUGAAAGUUAAUACAAUGAUUAAUCCAAUAGAGCUUAGGCUAGAAACUCCCCAACCGAAUAAAAUCAACCCCCUAACAAGUAUUCUUUUAGUUGUUUUUUAAAAACUGUUUUUGUUUUAUAUUUUAAAAAUGACUGGGAAGUUACCAAAAAAAUUUAUUCCAUGAGUUUUGAGGCAGUCCACCCGUCAGAGCUGAGCGAUGUUGGGUUUGUUGCAGGUCUACUUGGGCUUGUGUGUUGUAUAGGGGCUCCAUUUACUACAUUUGCACAACGAAAUCUGGCAUAGAUAAUUGUCUCGUACAUAUACAAAUAUGGAAAAGUCAUAAUGCUGUGUUCUUUAAAUUCAUUUCUGUAAAACGAAAACCCUUUUUAGCAAGUACUGAGGUACCGAAACCAAAAAAAGAAGUCCAUACCGCAAACAUUACUCUACCAAACCAAAAUAUAUUGGUUUUAAUAACUAAAUAUGGCGAUAUUUUUCAAACUGGUACAUCAGGUGGGAUGAUGAAGACAAAUAAGGAGACACAAAGUUUAUGUUGGAUCGCCAAGUCAAGUCAUCAUCCACCUGAAGUUCCAAAUAUUUCACUGAUAAUUGGUGUUGUAUUUUUUCUUUGCUUUUCUAUUUCAAUACAAAGAGGCUAAAGAUGAUUAUUUUUUUUUAAUUCUGUUAGCUGUGUGUGUUUUUUUAAUUAAGAUAAAUUGAGAUUGUUCAGAAAUUGAUACGCCUGGGAUAAAACCUAUGUUGCUGUUCAUUUUAAGUCCUUCUGUACUGUAAUUAGUAAAUAUUAAGGCAAUAUCAUCAGCAUGCAUAACCGUUUUUUCGUGAUUUAUAGUGAGCACUAAAAGCAUUUAUGUAAAGGUUAAAUAAAAUUGGUCCAAGUACUGACUCUUGGGGGACUCCAAAUUUAAGCUCAAACAGUUCUGAGCAGUGGUUAUUGAGUUUGACAAAUUGCUUCUGAUCCCUAAGGUAUGACUAGCCACCUCAGUAUCUCAUGUGCAAAACCUACUCGUUGCAAACCCUCAAUCAGUCUGUUGUGACUGACACAGUUGAAUGCCUUAGUCAGAUCCAUCAUUACACUAAGUGUCCGCUGUCUUUUCUCCAGUCCCAUGACCACAUAGGAUAUAAGUUGCCAAUGCCUCACCAGUAGAGCGGCCCUUGACAAUACCGAACUGUUUGCCUGUUAGAAUAUUAUUUCUAGGCUUUUCUAAUCUUAGGCUUGAGAUUUGUGUAAUUGGUCAGUAAAAGUUAAGAGACUUACUGUCCUCUCCCUUGAAUACAGGUAUAACCAAACUAGUUUUUUUUAGCAAAGAUGGAAAAGUAGCUUGCUGGAAAGAAGAACAUAUUAUAACAGACAGAUGUUUUUAAAUACUAAAUAUGCACAAGCCUUCAAUAAUCUAUUAGAUAUGUCAUCAGCUCCACUUUAAUGCUUAUUUUUGAACAUUUUGAUGGCAUUUAGAACCUUAGCAGGACUCUCAGGAUGCAACAAGAAGGGGUAUUCUAAACUCGCCAAGAAAUUAUCAUUAUUGAUAGAAAAUAAUUAUUCAAAAAAUUAUAUACUCCUGUUUAUCUGAUCCUAUUCUGUCAUUGAUACAUACAGAAAUGUUAUUAUUGGCUUUGCUACUAUUGUAAUUUUGCUUUAUUAACUUCAAUGCAUCCUUGCUUUUAUUAGUUGAAUGCAGUACUAUGUUUGUAAAACAGUUAGUUUUAGCCUGCUUAAUUGUUCUUAUACCUUUUAUAAUGAGCUUUAUUUACUUCACUAUUUUAAAUUUUCAUGUAAAACUUUCAUUGUUUGACUUAAAACUUUAAUACCUGUUGUUACUCAUCCUUUAUCCUGAUUUCUUCGACAUUUGAGCAUUUGAUUUUUGGGACAAGCAAAAUCAAGAGCAUAGUUAAUAACACUCAUAAAAAAAUUAAACAGCUCAUCUACUGGCUCAGCAACUUUUGAUAGUGUCCCAAAACUCUUGACUUAAUAUGAAGUUCAGAGUAGUCAAGUUACUGGAUGUCAGACAGCGCCUGACACACGGAACCGCUACAGGCUCCUUCAGGAGGUUCAUGGACAUGGAGACUAGCUGUGCGAAAUGGUCUGAUAACCCAAUACCCAAGACUUCAACACUUACAUCUUCGCCAACCAUGUCAGUCAUGACCCAGCCCAGCAAUGAUGGGCGACCAGCAAUAGGGUCCACUCGAGUUGGGGAGUUAACUAUAGCUGUCUCAAGUUAGAGGAGGCAGGCAGGUACUGCAUCACAUCUCACGCAGUUGAACCAGCCAUUUUGGUACAUAUACAAAAUAUAAAUAAAUAAUAAUAAUAAUGUAAUUACAAACUACAAAUAAAUCAAAAUCAGUUCAAAUCUUUCACAAACAAGUCACAUUCAUAGUGCUUUUAAAAAGAAGCCUAGAGUAAUAUAUUAACUAACAUACUUAAAGAGCCAUGAACAUAUAUAUAUUAUAUAUGUGUAUAUAUACAUGUAUAAUUAUGUGCAAUUGGCUUAUUACUCAUUGAUGGUAUUAUUUAUUUGUAAGGGGUAGUAAUUAUGUAGGAAUUGAGAUUUUAAUCCUGUAGAGAAAACAGAAGAAUAUUUCCGAGUCAUCAUCUCAUUGUAGACCUCUCAUUACAAAAACAAAGCUUUUAACUACAAUUAUAAAUUUGUAUAUUUUGAUGGUUUGGUUUUUAUUAAGCAAAAAUUUUUAAUACUUUUUAAUAAAUAUGACAUGUAAUCAUAUUAGAUGAUAGUAAUAAGCUAGCACCGUGGUAUACAGUAAAUAAUUACGAGUUACUUCAGGAUAUAUAGGUAUAAAGUUGUACAAAACUAAUCUACCUUUUCUCAUGGCAGAAUCUACCAGAAAAUUUUGCAGUUGUUUAUUAACAACAUUUUCACUAAUGCUGUUGUGUACUAGAUUGUGUACACAUCUGGCUUUUGUAAAGCGAGUCAUGCACCUGAGGGAGUGCACAUUGCUAUGCAUUUCCUUAAUGCAUUUUUACUGUUACCCUGUCUUCUUAGUUUGUUAAAUUUUAUCCUUGGCUUAAAUAAUUACCUCAGACUAUCGUGUACUGUGUUGGGUGCAUGAUUGCUUAAUUUUUAAGGUACUCCUUGGGGUACAUGGAGAAAUAUUGACAAAACAUAUUGAAAUAAUUGUUUUAGUUCAAAAUUGUGAAAGCUUUUUGUUAUAACUUUUCUUGUUAUAUUCAGAUAAUUAAAGUAAAAAAUUAUUUCGGUUUUUAGCCAUUACUAUGGAAAAUUCACCCUGUCUGUGAGUAAGGUCCUUAUCCCAUCACAUAUUUGACCAUCAAUGCCACAUUUCAAGACCGCAUUGAUGUGCACCUUCUCAUUUCUGCAUACCAGUUGAUGAAAGGCUGAGUCGCAUGAUCUUCCUGGAGUGUAAGCAUACUGAUUUGGAUGUAGAGGGCCAUAUGAAGAAGAAAUUGGCCUUCGUCAUGAACGCGUUUAAUUACUGUCUAGAAACCCUUUUUAUAAAUUGGAAGAAUAUUAUAGAAUAUGUAUUUGAUACCAUACAGCAUCAUUUUACAUUGAUAAAAUAAGUGUUUAAACUUAGUUACAGAUUUUUAAUGUUGCAAAAUCCUAAUAGAACAUAUCAAAUGGCAAUCUAAGUACGAGUAUUGUCUAAAUUUUGAAUCAUUACAAAAAUAAAUCAUGAAAUUUAAAAAGUAUUUGAUCAUAUUUCUUUAAAAAUUUUGUAAGGAAUAUACCAUACAAAUUUAGUUAGCACAAGCUGUCUCUCUGUUCUUCCUUCUCUAUUAAAAAUCAAAUUCAAUCCCAGAAAAAUAGAACAAAGAGCACUGACCACACCCACGCUUUGCACAAUUGACUAGUAUAAUCUAUACUUGGUACAACAAAAACUGAUGUGUCACUUCACUUAAAUCUAGGCAAGCCAAUGGAUUUCCAGGAGUCAAUACAUCACUAAACACAAAUCUUGACAUAUAAUUGAGGUGAAAAGGGCUGGUGGAUAGGUCUAGUUGACUGCAGAGGAUGGCUUUAGGAGUGGGUGGAGCUCCCUCAAUGUUAAGGGUUAUUUUUAAGUCCAAACAUGAGGGAGUAUAGCUUUCCCUGCCUACUUUGACUGGGACAGAAUUAGACUCCCAUUCUUUAAAGCUGGGGACAGUCCCUCGUAGUUUUAGCACUGAUGCUUGCUCCCAUAAGAGUGGUGGUAACCACCCUGUCUGUGAGCAAGGUUCUUAUCCCAUCACAUAUUUGACCAUCAAUACCACAUUUCAAGACCGCAUUGAUGUGAACCUUAUCAUUCAUGCAUACCAAUUGAUGAAAGGCUGAGUCGCAUGAUCUUCCUGGAGUGUAAGCAUACUGAUUUGGAUGUAGAGGGCGCUCCAAGAGUGAUCCAUCCCAAAAAGACCUAACAACCAUCUUCUCCAUGGUUUUGAGAAGAAAGGAGGACAGACAUAUGGGCCUAAAGGUCUUAGGUUGAUCCAUACUAGAACUCCCCUGCUUUGGUAUAAACACUACCCUGGAUACCCUCCAGGAUAGGGGAAUGUACCUGAGGGUCACAUAGGCCUUGGAACAGCCUGCACAGCAGGUGAAGGAGAAUAAAUACUACACGACACACCAAAAUCCAUUGUGAAUGAGUGGCAUGCCCCACAGGUCUCCCUCCGCAGCUGAGUGGUUGAUCCUUGUCAUAAAAGAUACAGUCCGGUAAGUGUGUUUCCAUCAUGAUUUUUAAAACUAUGUAAACCAUUCAUUAAAUUUGUUAAAAAUUUAAAUUUGGAUCUCUUAACUGCCGGGUGAAUGUGCUACCAUUAAGGGCUCUGUGGUGUAAUUGCCAUUUAUACAAAUUUAAUUAAUGUUUAUAGACUGUCAGUAACGUAUAUACGUUGUUCGUCCUUGAGGCCACCAAGCGGCGAGAUGGUAUUUUUUUGCUAAUAGCUUUGGAAGCCUUGCAGAACCCUAAGAGAUGGCAGAUUUGUCCAGCUGCACUGUAUUGUGAAUCCAUUUCUGGUUACUACCGUCAGAUUCUAGUUUUACCCUUAGAUUCUUCUUGUAUGACUCCCAGUCUGUGUUUCUUGGAUUCCUGUAGUGAAUGUUUUCAAGUUCCAGGUCUCCGAUUUUAAAGCAGAUGUGAGCAUGAUCAGAGAGGGAGGACUCUCUGAAAACGCAUGCCAGCCGUGUAUCCGAUUAACCAUAUCCCCGUCAUCAAGGUCACAGCUAUCACCUCCCUAAGCGUCCACAUGCGAAACAUAGGAACAUUACCCACAUUUGCAAUCACCAGACUGCGGGACAUUAUAUACUCCAGAAGCAACUUGCCUCUUGUGUUGGUGCUGUCCCAUGCCUCAUUGUGUGAUUUGUAUGUAUUUGAGUAUUGUAGCUUAUGUUUGCGUAACAUAAACUAUAGAUAAUACAAGAUUUAUAACU